GCGCCCUCGUCUGGCGGGAGUUUUACCGGAGGCGGGGCUGGCGCGGGUGGUGGAUCGCCCAGCGGGCCCAGACCAGGAAGGAGCCUCCGCUUUGGCGCAGGGCGUGCGGGGGUCACCCGGGGCCGCGGAGAGUGGCCUGCGACCUUGUUUUUCGGGGACGGAGGCUUUGGGCUGGACGGGCGUCGCUCUGAGGUCAGGAAGUCGCAGACGUCUCCCUGGACGCGGCCCCGCUCACCCGCGCACCAUCCUCUUUGGGGUCGGACACCUCGGCCCAGCCCAGACCCAACCCGUCGUCACCCCCGACAGCGGGGACUAGGGGGGCUCUGCAGCCACCUCCGGGGUUCUCCACCCAGGAUGACUUCUAGAUCAGAGACUGUAGAAGUGCUAGAAGAGGAACCAGUGGCAUCUAAGACUCAUGAUCGUCAAUUGGAAUCAGAUCCCAACCCUGCGGAAGCGUGUGGUAAUUCGUCCACCUCCCUGGAGAUGAUUGAAGGCGUUUCAAAGGAACAGAUUCACCUUGGCUCUAGCCCUAAAAAAGGGGAAAGUUGUGAUCUCAGCCACCAGGAAGGACUUCAUUCCAGGUCCCUUCAUUUGUCCCCCCAAGAACAGUGUGCCCGUCAUCAAGACAGGAGGCAGUCCUGGCGGCGAGCAAGUAUGAAAGAAACGAACCGGCGGAAGUCACUGCCUCCCUUUCAUCAGGGCAUCACAGAGCUCUGCAGAUCCAUCAGUGUCAACAUAGCAGAAAGGAAACGGCUGGGCUGUCUCCUGCUUUCCAGUUUCCAGUUCUCUGUUCAGAAACUUGAACCUUUCCUAAGGGGCACUGAGGGCUUCAGUCUUGAAAGUUUUAGAGCCAAAGCAUCUUCUCUUUCUGAAGAAUUGAAACAUUUUGCAGACAGACUGGAAAGUGAUGGAACUCUACAAAAAUGUUUUGAAGAUUCAGAAGGAAGAGCACCAGAUUUGUCUCUGGAAACAUCAGUGGCUGAGAUGAAGGAAUAUAUAACCAAGUUUUCUUUAGAACGUCAGAGUUGGGAUCAGCUCUUGCUGCACUACCAGGAGGAGGCUGAAGAGAUCAUACCCAGAGGAUCAACUGAAACCAAAAAUACUGAAGUUGAAGUGGAACCUACAGCAUAUCUUGGGUCUUCCCAGAGUGAAGUCCUUAAUACAAAGCCUGACUACCAGAAAAUAUUACAGAACCAGAAUAAAGUCUUUGAUUGUAUGGAGUUGGUGAUGGACGAACUGCAGGGAUCCAUGAAGCAGCUGCACGCCUUUAUGGAGGAAAGUACCCAGUGCCUCCAGAAGGUGUCAGUACAGCUCGGGAAGAGAAGCACGCAACAAUUAGAUCCUUCACCAGCUCGAAAACUGCUCAAGCUUCAGCUACGGAAGCAGCCUAGCACACGUUGCUCUAAAUCUUGUCAGUGACCUUAUGCAGCUUUUCUGCCACAGGAUGCUCCAGAGGAGAGAAACAGGAAGAGUGCCCCAGUGCACGGCAACUGCACAGCGGGCUAAGCUGUGACAUCUGCCCUGUUGCCUUUGAAGAUAACUGGCUGACUAUAAAGCACUUCGAUUUUUUUCUUAAAAUGAUGGAAUUUAUGCAUCUGAAAGAAUGUCAUAUAGAAACUUUUUCCAAGAAUGUGCAAAGUGCUUGAGACUUCUGCUUUGGAAUGACCUUCAGAACUAGUGGCCCAUUCUUUUAAAUAUCCUUUGUGAUGAGAAACCUUCCUCUUGUGAAGAUGUUUUUCAGGCUUUGAAACAACGCAAAGUCACUCAGGGCCAAAUCCGAUAAACAUUUUAGGGGUCGUCCUGGUUGUAAAGGGAAUGAGACUGAUUUCUAGUGUGGCUUUGAAGGUGAUUUUAGGAUCGUGUUUUAGCAUUGUGUGGAUACAUAAAUCGCAUCACAACAUGUCCAAAUUGAAGGAAGUACCACUCAUUCUCUAUAUCCUGUUGUCUAUAGUGUGCUUUAGCUUUUAAUAUUGAGUGGACAUCCUAAAUCCUGGAUUCAUGGCAAGAAGGGGUUAAGUACCUCUUUUCAUUGUUCUCCAUAUUUGUUAAUAAUACGCAUUAUAAGAUUGCACAUACUUAAAA